UUAUCCAUUAUUUCUUCCUUUUGUAUUGACAGCGCGGUGUAAAACACUCAGCCUGAACAGUUUUCGGUCGGUAUAGUUCACGUUUGUUAGGCGGUGGGAAGCCGGAGGAGCAGUAGAUGGUCACCGCUUGACUCUUUCCAUCAAUACCAACGUUUUGCUGAAGUCUACAGAAUGGGUUCCGUCUCUCAGAACCUGCAAGAUCAGAUCUCAGAGCUGCUGAAGCCUCACAGAAUCUGCCUGGUGAUACCUGUUGUUCUGAACCACUCCGGUCAGCCAUAUGGGAGAUCGGCCAACAGGUUUGUGGUACUGAGUCUGUGGAGAGGUUACCUGGUUAUAAACAAGCAACCUGUCAGGGUGGAGAGCACAUUCAGCUACCUGGAGAUUUGCUCCAUCAAUAUUCACAGCCUCACAGAGAUUGUGUUGGAGACAGACAGGCAGACUUUGUCUUUCAGUGUAUUGCACGUUGAGGAUCUUGAAGCCAUGGUCAGUCACAUGACCAGCUCAUUGAAGAGGAUCUUCCCUGAUUCUUCUCCAGGAAAGCUGUUAAAGACAAUCCCUCCAGAUCUCCAGCAGAGACUCCUCACACUGACUGGUGUGAUAGAAGAGCAGAUGAAGAGUCACCCUGGCCCCUGUGGAGGAUUCUCUGAUACGUAUGCUGCUCUUUGUGAUUUCAAUGAGAUGCCAUUUAGAGAGGAGAUUCAGUGGGAUGUUGACAACAUCUAUUACAUCCACAACUGGAGACAUUUCAACCUGCUGGACUUCAGCCACUUAGACAGCAGAGACUUGGCAUUAGCAGUAGCAGCUCUGUCCUUCAACCAGUGGUUUACCAAGAUCUACUGCAAAGAACUCAAACUGUCAGUAGAUGUCCAGCAGCAGCUGACUUUCCUGCUGUCCAGAUCUCCCAGUCUGGAGGAGCUCUCACUGGAGGCCAGUGGACUCAAACUGGACUUUGCAAUCAAAAUGGCAGCUGCCCUGCGGGAGCACACCUCUUCUACCCUGCAUUCCAUCAACCUCUCAGGCAAUCCAAUCGAAGACAAAGGUAUAAUAGCUCUCAGUCAGGAGUUGGGAUAUCUAGCUCAAGGACUCAAGCACCUUUCUCUGUCCCGGGUAUCAAUGACUGCUAGAGGUCUUGGCUGUCUGAGUCAGCUUCUAUCCUCCAGUCCGCUCUUUUCAGCUUCUCUGACCCACCUCGAUCUGUCUGGUAACCCCAGCAGCCUGGUUACUGAAGAGGCCACGUUUCUCUUCAAGUUCUUGUCCAGUACUAACUCUCUGUCUCAUCUGGACCUCAGUGAUACCAACUGCCCUCUGGACACGUUAUUUGUGUCCCUGUCUGCUGGAUGUUGUUACAAACUGAUGCACCUGAACCUGGCCAGGAACCCCUUCAGCCACAGAAAGGUGCGGGGGGUAACCAGGAGCAUUCGAGAGUUCUUCAGUCAGAGCUGUGAGCUAAAAUAUGUGGGCCUAUCGGCAACCAAACUACCUCCACAAGCCCUCAGGUUAUUACUACAGGGUCUGGCGACCAACACUCGUCUCUUUGGGCUGGAAUUGGACCUCAGUAGCUGUGAGCUACGUUCAGCAGGGGCCCAGGUGAUACAGGAACACAUCUCUGAAGCUAGAGCUAUCAAAAGUCUGGAUAUCUCUGACAACGGUUUUGAGAAUGACAUGGUGACUCUGGUUCUGUCUGUCGGUCGAUGUCACUCUCUUCGACGCCUCGCACUGGGGAGAAACUUUGCCAUGAAGUCCAGAGCUCUCACUGACGUUCUUCAUCGUAUAGCUCAGCUCAUUCAGGAUGAAGAGUGUCCCUUGCAGUCUCUGUCAGUGUGUGACUCCAAACUGAAGACAGGGAUGCACAUUCUGCUGAGCGCUCUGGGCGGCCACACUUCUUUGGCUGAACUGGACAUCAGUGGAAACAACAUCGGAGACACUGGAGCCAAAAUGCUGGCUAAAGCCCUGAUGAAUAACAUCAGACUGAGGACUCUAACAUGGGACAGAAACAAUGUAACUGCCAGGGGUUUCCAGGAUUUGGCUGAUGCCUUGGAAAGGAACUUUACUCUGCAGCAGGUGUCCCUCCCCCUGGCUGAUAUCACACAGAGUUACCGUAGCAACCCUGACAGAACAAAAGAGGCCCUGCACAAGAUUCAGCAGUGUUUAGACAGAAACAACCAGAGACAGUCUGACGGAGUGGAACUUCAGAAAGUCUUAAGAACUCAACAAUCUGUAAAGCUGGUCCAAGGUAUGUGUCGGCAGUUGGAGGACAGCCUUAAACGUUUAAACCACUGCAGCAUUCAGGAGGUCCAGGCUGACAUCCUGACAGCACACGAGGUGCUGCACAACGCCAGGGAGUCCUUCAAGCUGCUCCCCUCUCUGUAUGAGGCAGGCAGGAAGUGUGGCUCUUACGGGGACUUGGUGAACUGCAUCCUCACUGACACUGCUGCCGCACUGACUACUGAGUUCACUCGAAGCAUACAGGAGAUGGCUCAAAGCCUGAUGAGGUGUGCAGAGGCAGUGUGUCCACGGGUGGUCCAGCGGUCAAGUGUGUGCGAGUGUCUGUCGGAGUGUGUGUCUAAAAGAAGCAGACAGACACACGCAUUCCUGAGAAGCACUCUUGUGGAGAGCACGGGGCAGAUCAUCAUCAAUAGACUGCGUGACCUAAGACAAACAUUGAGUGUCUCUUUGGCUGAAAGCAUCAUAGAACAAGUACUACAGGAUCUGACAAUGGCACAGGGCAAAAUGGAUUGCCUUAUAAAAGAAAAUUCAUGCAGUGCUCUGAAAACCAGCAUCCCAGACCUCCGUCUGGUUGACAGUGACUUCCCAACUGAUGAUUACAGUCCAGCAUUUUGGAGAAAUAGUUUCCACUCCAAGAGCCUGAGGCCCGCCCCUUCAAUUAAGAGUAAUGGAAAAGCCCACUCCAGACAAGAGGCUCCCUUCCCCGGCUGCGGCCCCAGCCCAGGCGCCCUCCCCAGCUCUGGAUCCCCCUCUUCCCCCAUGGAGUCUCUACCAACCAAGGGACAGACUUUAAGGCACUACACCGCCUCCCGACCAAGGCCGCGACGCACACAUACACAGCCCCCCUCCUUCAGGCCUCAGGAGCCAGUAUCAAAAGUAGAGAAUGAGGCCAGUGAGGGGAUGGGCAGAGUGGAUGAAGGAGUAGAGGAGUUCUUCACCAAGAAAAUCCUCCCUGACUAUGCACUAAAAGGCCAGUGGGAGGAUUCAAACCCUGCCCAAGCCACUCCCUCAGAGUCAAGCUCCACCCCCUCUGCCUCAACCCCCUUUUCCUCCUCAUCUGAGAAUAUCACUUCCUCUACCACCACCACUGUCACCUCUCCUUCUGUCCCAUCUACUGACAAAUCCUUUACAUCCACUGAUGUUCCUCCCCUCUCAACAUCCUCCACUCCCCCGACCCCCUCUUCUGUCACCACCACCACCACACUUCCCACCAAAAACAUCAAGAAAAAGUUUGGCGACUUCUUCGCCUUCAAGAGGGCUCGAGCUGGCCGAGCCACCAAGGCAGGAGGGGGAGAGGGAGGAGGAGGAGAGGGGGUUAAGGUCAAAAGGACCUCCAUUGCAGACCUUAUUCGACCCCUCCGUGAGGCCAAAGAAAGGGAGAGAGAGAGGGAGAGGGACAAGGAGAGAGAGGAGAGAGGGGCAAGGUCAGUGGAGGAUGCUAACGUUUUUAAUGAUGCCACCACCACAGAAGGAACCGCUUCCACCAGCCACCACCUUGCAGGCAAUGCGAGGGAAGUGAUGGGGCCUGCCAGUACAUUAACCACUACAACACCUCCCAGUGAGACCACUCCCUCUUACAGCACCAUCACCACAAGUCCUGACUUCAUUACUGCUAUGCUUUCCAACCUGGAAGAAGAGGCAGUUCCAGUGUUGCCACGGCACACCCCCGGUCCGGUGGUAACAUCCCCCCUAACUGAGCAGGAGAGAAGUGGCGUGCUGACGAAGGAGAUUAAGUUGGGAGGGAUUCCAUAUGGAGAAAGGAGACUAAAGGUGACCAAAAGGUCACUGAGAGAGGGCAAGAGCCAGAGUCUCAUACUGCUGACCGGAUUGGAGCCUGAAGACAAGGAUAACACACACAGUAAGAAACAUGCGUCAGAGAGCACGUCUAGCUUUGAACAGAGGCUUCAGGUGAUGCUACACAGAAUGGGCGUGGCCAAAACUCCACCUGCUGACACAAAGACAAGUCAGAAUAAAGACGAGGAGCUAAGAAAGGCCAACUCUGAAGGUGCUAUCCUGGACAAACCUGAACCACCUCCCACAUACAUGAAGCCCAGAACCAUGUCCACUUCAUCAGCAGACCCCAGGCAUCCUAUUAGAGCGCUGGACCCCAUCCGUCCGGACCCUCCCCUUCACCCAAAGCCCAUCCUCUCCGAGCGCCCCAUUGGCCCUCUGCCACCCAAACCUGCCAUCGCAGCCAAGCCUCCCCUCCCAUCCCCGCCUGCUCCUGCAGGGGGAGGAGCCCGUCAGUCCUCUGCUCCUCCGUCCAGCAGCUCAGCAGAAGGAGUCCAGCUCAGAGCACACGCUCAUGAUGGCAGGCCAGGGGAGAGUACAGCAGAGAAUGGAGGCCAGGAGGAUCCCCAGGGUGCAGCUUCGGGUUCGCCCCCCCGGAAAGAACUGCUUCCUCCAGCCCCAUCUCCAUGGAGGGGUCCCCGCGCACAGGAUCGCUCUGAGAAAGCACAAUCAGUGACAGACGAGAGUCUUCCUAAGCCACGCCAACACAUGAAGCCCCUUCCACAACGCAGAGCUGUGUCCGUCCAUGAGGAUGCUCUGGCCAUGACACAAGAGCUGAAAGCAGUGUUGCAGAAGUCGCCCAUCCGUUUCCGGGGCAACAGAGGCGACCUGCCCACCUGCACUGAAGAUCCAUCAAAUGGGGUGGAAGCACAGAGGGCUCAUGAGAGAGCCGGUAACGCAGGUAAAGAGACAGCUGCAGAAAAGAAGGAAGCUUUCCAGAGGGAGGAGCUAAAGGCAGAGAAAGGAAGGAUGUGCUGUGGAGGAAAAGUAGCUGAAGCCAAGCACCCCCCUCCAGGAGAGGAAGAAGCCUCAGGCUCAGCAUGUCCCUCCUCUACAGCUCAGGCUCAACAAGCAGCAUCAGCACCCCAACACUUCAGUCCAGCUGCAGCCCUCGAUAAAGCUCUGUCCACCCUGGAGAGGUAUCCAGCACUAACCCAAAAGCCUCCUGUAACCCCCACAUUCCAGAAAAAGAGCCCCUCCACAGCCCCAGCAUUGGCCCAAACUCUAGAAAAACUGGUGGUGUCCCCACCACUCCAAGACAAGACCCCCAGCACAAUCCCAGCUGCAUCUGAAUCCCUGGAAAACCCCCGAGUGAGUGCUCUGUCCCACAAGAUGAAGAGCCCUGGCACAGUGCCAGCCAGAGUGGAUCUAAGAAACAGCACACAGGAGAGAGGAGAGGCGGUCUCUAAACAGCACACAAUGAAGGCAGAGCCAGCAGACCAAAGAACUGAGCCCCCUCUGUCCGAAUAACACACACAGACUGACUUACCCGAAGAGAAGAGACACACCUGGGAGAGAGAGGAGGCAGGGGGUCUGUGACAUCACUGAGAUCAGGAACUGGAAGGAUACACAAGGUCUGAGAGUAGCCUUAAUGUUGUACCCUCCUGUGGAAAACAGCUGCUGUGUCCAAUGUCAGGGGUGUUCUCUUUGAAAGUCUGAUAAAUAAAUAUUAUUCAGUACACACGGUUGGUGCCUAUUUUUACUGCUAGUUUACAGCUAACAUCUUUACAGCUGACAGACUGCACAAACGGUCCAGUGGUCCGAUAACGUGCCCAGAACAACAGAAGUUUUGAAUGUUCCAACACAACUGAAUCUCAAUCUUCAACUUCUGAGCAUCAUUUGUUUGAGGGCAACUUUCUGAAAAUAAACAACUACAUUUUUUUUUUUUGCCUACAUGAGUUGAUUAGGAGUACGCAAGCAUGGCACGUGGUUUGGUUUGUGUGAGGCUUCCAGAUGCCUACAACUUUGACAGCUGGGUUGUUUUUGCAGUCCCAGCUACUUACCCCAAACAGCAAAUACACAGAUGUUAGCUGUAGCCAGUUAGCAACAUACAAACCAACCUUGCAUCUUCAGAGUGUGUCUGUGUGUGUUGACAACUCAUCCUCUGACAGAUGUCAAUAAGACACUUCAUUCUGUCAUUUUGCUCCAGACUCAGUAUUUUCUCAUCUCCAUACAAAGGAUGAAGUGGCGUCAUAAAGCUGCAGGAUAAGCAGGGAUUUUUCACUUGUGUUGGAACAUUUAACUUGUCUAACUCUCAGCCUCAAUUCGCACCAGCUAGGGCGAAUCUGCAUCCACUUGCAUCUUUGCAUUGAGUAAUAUGCAACCUUGCCACCUCUAAAACUCACUCUGCGAUCAGUCUGAACACACCUUUAAGACACAGUGUGAGCUGAGUCCUUCCAGGGAGGCUGAGUCUUGAAUGGGACACAGCCAGCAUCAGCUAAAUGAGUGAAUUGAUAAGCAUCAGCUGGGGGGAUGUGAAAUCUUUGCUGUAUGGUCUCCACAAAAGGACGGCACAUUUAAGAACACGUUUAUGUGUGUAGUUCAUCAACAUGUUGGGUUUCAACGCACCAUGUCAAAUACACAUUUAUAUCUCCUGCUUACAUAAAUGUGAUCAUUACAAUUUCAUAGGGGGUUUUCAAGGUCCAUGAUGUAGUUUAUGUAGUUUCUCUUUGCCUACUUUUUUUUUUUCAAAACCAGAAGACAACCAGGUUUCGGGGAAAAAAGGCUUCUUCAACUACAUUGACAUAAUUUAUGUGGCUCACAUUUAUGGAUUAAUCUACAUUAAGACACAUUAAGAUCAUUGCUCCAGUUCAUUUUUAAUUGGGGAAUUUUGGUAAAUGUUUAAAUGGUAAUGAGUCAAAAAUUGAUUUCAUUAUGUUUUAAUUAUCAUUUUUAAUUCCCUCUUGGUGCUCUGCUUAUUUUCUGUCAUUAGCCUGAUCUUCAGAUUGAAUUGGCAUUUUCUUACCCAGUCAAACACUUUGUUAGCUGUUUGGAAGGAAGGAUUUUCUGGCCCAAACCAAUCAAUGUGACAACCAUCCACUCAGAGACAGAGGCUGAGCUAGCGUCAGUAGAUAUUUGUUAGGUUGUAUAAUGUCAAUCAAGGUAAUCUGUUUUGCUAAAUGAACAAGUCAAUCACGUUCAUUUCACCAAUUACUAUUUCUACUGAGGUCCUGCAGCUUACGUCACAGUCUCUAACAGCAGCCAUACUAGCAGGCAGAAAAUAAGCUUUCUGUCCGGCUAGCAUAAAGAUGCAUUACUGACUGCUGAGGUAUCUAGUUUCAAAUGAGAUCAAAUAAAUUCCACUAUGCCAGAUUGCACUAUUACACACACUGUGUAAACUGCAUGAAUGGAAGUACAGUACCAAACCCACAGUUAAUUUUUUUUUCAUUUCCUUUAAAUAAACAUCGGAGAGAUUUAUCUGCCAGUAAAAGUGCCGUGCUCAGGGAGAUAACGUAAAGUUACUACAUAAGAAGGUCCAUCAUUGGUUUAAAGUUGAAAGCCCACAGAGUUCACAAGGCUUUGUCAUGACAAUUUCUAUACAGUGAGAUUGUAGUUAAGCUUUAUCAUACUUAAACUAGUCUUACAAGUAAAUAUAAUAUAUAUAUAUAAUCCAUUUAGAACAGUAGCUUUCAUUGCCAACAUUGGUCGCCAUAUUUGUUUGGAUUUUGUCUCUGGAACAGCUACAUUUUCCCAGCUGAAGUUGUGCUCACAAAGGCUUUGACUGGCUCAGUUGAUUUUCCAGCUGGGAUAAAUUUAAUCAGAAGCACAACACCACAUCUUUGAAAUUAAAAGUAACAUUUCCAAAGUGGGUGCCCACGAGGCGAAGAUUAAGAUUAAGAUUAUACAUAAGACAUAUGGUUUUGUUUUAAUUAGAUGUUUAUAGAUGUUUUUGUUAAUAAUACCUCCCAAUUUUUCUCACAAAUGCCGCUCUUACUACAGGGUGGCUCCCAGCAUCUUGUAAAAAACAUUUACAAUUCAAGAAAUUAGCUCAAUUAUCUGGUUCUUUUCUGGUUCUUUUUAUUUUUAUACACUGAAAAUUAUUUCAACCGCAUUUCUUUUUUACACUAUUUAUUACAGGUCCCAUUAUGCCAUCCACAUGGAAAAAUGUUCCAAUUUUCAGUCUAAGAGUGUUGCUUUUGCCUUGUUAAGAUGUUUUCACAUUAAGCCUUUUAGAAUCUUCAGAGUAACACAUGGGACACUAAAGCUCUGCAUGUUUCUGCAUAUUUCUAUGAAAUCACAUCAGAAUAUGACAUUUAGUCAAUGUCACAUAUUUAAUUCAGGUUCAGUCAUUCCAUUAGACAACCGAUCAACCACAACAUUAAAACCGGUAACUGGUUUUAACGUUGUGGCUGCUGUGUGUAUAUAAUCAUUAUGUCCAUCAUAUCACAUGAGGACAAGAUAAAAUCCUAAUGAAAGACCAAUAUACAGUAUACACAGAUAUUGUGUGAGAUAACAGUAUGAUCAGAUAUUGUGUGAGGUAACAAGAGUGUAUUCAGUCUAUCAAACUCUCAGGGUGGUUGUGAAGAGUGGUUUGUGUUUUGUGAGAGCAGACCUCAGUCCAGCUCCCUGUGUUGUCAGUGACCCGAGCCUCCGUCUCAUCCAGGGUUAGAGUUUAUUUUCUACCGUCAUAUUUAUCUUUGCCUUGCACGCACAGAAUAUGUAAAAAACUACAUAAAGUAAACAAAAACAAAGUUAUGAACAGAGUCUAAAUCCAUACCUAUACUUGUUAAUAAUUAUUAAAA